GGAGGCGAAGCGAUUCCCAUGGCGGAGCAACGCGCCUGGCCGGCGCCCGGCAGAAGUUGGUGAGUGGACUCGAAGGCAGCAGUACCCCCGGGCUGCGGGGAGCUCGAUUUGAUUAUGGAUCUGGAGAAAUCCUCCGUCUGGGAAUCGCUGAAGCAGAAAACGAAGCCUCUGUUACACAACCUCAGCAUCAGGAGGACUAGGAAGAACUCCAAAAUGACGGCGGCGAGGCAGAAGCACCCCUUCGACCGGCGCCUCAGCUCCUCGGUUCCUGACAUGUUGAGCGUUGACGUGGCUGUCAAGGAACAGACUGGUUGCUCGCGUCCCCAAGCCCUCUCCGCGUUCCUCCCGAGUGGUUUUGCCGCGACGGAGAUGUUCGUUCAGAACGACAGCAGCACUUCUUUGAAACAGGACGGGGAGGAUUGGCAGUGGAGUCAUCGGGAGACUGUGCACAUGGAAAUAGGGGUGAGGGGAGCAGAGGGGCCUGCCGCUUCUGGGCUGGGGUCAGAGGGGAAGCAGAAGUCCUCCGAGGAGCUCUUUGACCUGCUACAAAGGAGCAGCUUCAGCAGCGACCUCACGGAAGACGCCAUGGAGCGUUCCUGUGGAAGUUCCACCUUCGACUCCUCGUGUUCCUCCCAGCUGUACGAAGAGCUUCCUGCGCUUCCUGAAGGAAACGAUGGUCUGAGUAAAUUGCCCGGCUCGUUCGCCUAUCUCCUAACGAUACAUCUGAAAGAAGGCAGAAACUUGGUCAUUCGAGAUCGCUGCGGUACAAGUGAUCCGUACGUGAAGUUUAAGGUGAAUGGGAAGACGCUGUACAAAAGCAAGGUCAUCUACAAGAACCUGAACCCUGUUUGGGAUGAGAUGGUUGUUCUUCCAAUACAGUCCCUGGAUCAGAAGCUUCGUAUCAAGGUAUACGACCGAGACCUAACCUCUUCGGACUUUAUGGGUUCGACUUUUGUAAAGCUGGAUGAACUGGAACUCAACAGGACUGUUGAGAAGAUUCUUAAACUGGAAGAUCCAAACAGCUUGGAGGAAGACAUGGGCGUGGUUGUCUUGGAGUUGAGGCUAGCCGUGAAGCAGGCAGACAUUAAAAGAAACAAGUGGACGAACCGAAGAAAGCUCUCUACGCCAAAGGCGAGCUUCAUGCGGACGGCGAGGUUGGAGGAUUCGUUACGGAAGAACCAGCUGUGGAAAGGAACAGUCACUGUUGCCUUAUUGGAGGGGAAGAAUAUCCCCGGAGGGGGCAUGACGCAAAUGUUUGUUUGGUUGAGAAUGGGAGACCAAAAGUAUAAGAGUAAGACACUGUGUAAGAGUGCAAACCCACAGUGGAGGGAACAGUUUGAUUUUCACUACUUCUCUGACAGGAAGGAUGUGCUGGAGAUGGAAAUCUGGGGAAAGGAUAACAAAAAGCACGAAGAAGUUUUGGGAUUGUGUAAAGUGGAUAUUGGCGCAUUGCCCGACAAGAGAGCAAACCAUUUGGUAUUGCCGUUGGAGAAACAGCCGGGGUCUCUGUCGGUGGUGGUCUCUGUCGCACCCUGCUCAGGAGUUUCUAUCUCGGAUCUGUGCGUUUCCCCCCUGGGAGACCCUAAGGAAAGGAAGCAGAUUUCUCAGCGCUAUUGUCUCUGGAACUCUUUCCGAAACAUAAAGGACAUUGGAUUCUUGCAAGUCAAAGUUUUAAAAGCUGUUGAUCUGUUAGCUGCGGAUUUUUCAGGAAAAAGCGACCCCUUCUGUGUGCUAGAGCUCGGAAAUGGGCGACUGCAGAGUUACACCAUUUAUAAGAACCUCAAUCCGGAGUGGAACCAGGUUUUCACUUUCCCUGUUAAAGACAUCCAUGACAUUCUUGAAGUGACGGUGUUUGAUGAAGACGGAGACAAGCCGCCAGACUUCCUUGGAAAAGUUGCCAUUCCUCUGCUGUCUAUAAGAAAUGGACAGCAAAGCUGCUACGUUUUGAAGAAUAAAGACUUGGAACUUCCUUCGAAAGGAGUGAUCCAUUUGGAACUUGACGUCUUAUUUAAUCCUGUGAAAGCCAGCCUUCGGACCUUUUUGCCCCGUGAGAGGCGGUUUCUGGAAGACAACCGCAAGUUUUCAAAGAAGAUCUUAGCGAGAAACGUGGAACGUGUGAAAAGAAUCACGAUGGCGGUGUGGAACACAAUACAGUUUCUCCGGAGCUGCUUUCUCUGGGAGUCUCCGUUCAGAAGUGUGGUUGCAUUUGUGGUGUUCGUGGUCACGGUUUGGCAUUUUGAGUUGUAUAUGGCGCCCUUCGCUUUGUUGCUGCUGUUUGCAUACAAUUUCUCCGUGAUCACGCCCGAGAAAGUCACCAGUCCCCAAGACCCACCGGACUGUUUGGAUGUAGAAGAUGACGACGACGAUGACGACAAGGAAUCCGAAAAGAAAGGCUUAAGAGAAAGAAUUUACAUGGUCCAGGAUAUCGUUAUAACGGUCCAAAACCUCUUGGAAGAUAUUGCAUCUUUUGCAGAAAGGAUAAAAAAUACGUUCAACUGGACAGUCCCUUUCCUUUCUGUCCUUGCGUGCUUAAUCUUUGCAGUGGCCACAGUCCUGCUGUAUUACAUACCACUGCGGUACAUCGUUUUACUCUGGGGCAUAAAUAAAUUUACAAAGAAGCUCAGAAACCCCUACGCCAUUGAGAAUAACGAGUUACUCGAUUUCCUCUCCCGGGUGCCGUCGGAUGUUCAAAGGGUGCAGCAGGCUGAAUUGAAACCAUGCAGCGGGUCCAGCCCCAUUAGGAAGAAACGGAGUGUUUUAUAGGUGCGGGACCCCAUCUGCCCCGACGCCCUUGUGCACAGCCCCCCCCCGCGCGCGAACCUUUGGAUCAGAGCAACGUUGUGAUCACAACCUGGAUGUAAACACGUCUUUGGAAGAAAAGGAUUGCAUAAGCAACCUUCCUGCAAAACGAGCUCCCAUCCAAAUGGAGUUGGAACAGCACAAAGCCGAUGACUUCCAGUACGGAUUUUGGAGAUGCUGGACUUUUUUUUUGGCUUGUACCGUGUGAAAGCCAUUUUCCCAACAAAACCGUGAUAUUCCAAACUUUAGAAAA